AUGAAAAUAAUAUUAAGUUUAUUUUUAUUAAUAUUUUUAAUAAAUAAUUGUGUGGAUUCACAGGAUAAAAUUAAAGAAUUAUAUAAAAAUGAAAUUAAUCCAAUAAAUAGAAACGAUGAAACAAUGGCAGAAUUUCAAAAAAAAAUAGAAAAGAUACCAGGAUAUAAUAAAAAGAAAAUUGGAUAUUACAGUGUAUUUUUAUCGAAUGAUGAAAUUAAAGCAGGAGAAGAAAUAGGACAGGAAUAUGUUACUCAAUAUAAAAUAUAUUACAGGGAUUCAUUGGAUAACGAUUUAGACCAUUCAUUGAAUUUUAAAGAUUUAAAAAACUAUUUUAAUAAACAGGGCACAGAUUAUACGGACAGUGAUAUUACAAAUUUCAUAUAUUUAAUGGCAUCAGAUCACACAAAUAUCGACUACUCAUCUUUUUUGAGUGCAUGUAUCAAGUUUCACAAAGAUUUCGAGAAUUUACAUCCAAUGUGGAAAUAUAGUUUAAAUGGAAUUGCAAUUAAUAGAACCGAGGAAAUGAAUAGAAUAGCAGACGAGGCUUUAGCUCGUUAUUCACGUUUAAGAAGAGAGUAUGACCAAGCAAUGAAGGAUAUAGAUCAAGAAAUUAAAAGAAAUUUAGAUAAUUUUAGAGCUCAAUAUGAACAAAUUACUGGCAAAAAAUUAGAAAAAUAA